UCAGUCGUUGCUGUUGUGUUUCUUCUCUGUUUGCUGUUUGAUCAAAAGUCAUGGACCUGCUAACCGGUGAACAAACAUGCUGUGUCUAUUCCUUCCAUCUGCUGCUUGAUCCUCGCUACAUCUGAUUGUUAUUUACUGUUUUUACGGCCUGACAGGAGGGAAGGCUGAGGCGAAGCUGAGAGAAGAGACUCCCUCUGACUGAAACUCAUAUUGAUGACACUCCUGUACAGUAACCAGAUUCUGCAGUUCUAUUUAAAGCAGAUCAGACAAGAGAAACUUUCCUCUGAUUUCAUUCAAGUUUGUCACGCUGGGCAUAGAGUCCACCGUCUUUCUUUUGUGGCGAAACCCCUUGUUCUGGUGUAAAAAAUGGCCUCAGGGCAAGGAGACAUUCCAGCACUUGAGUUCGGCAUGUCUGGCCUCUGCACUGCUCUAUCAUCUCCCACUGGAAUAGCUCGCCACAACAUUUGCUAUGAUGAGCACAUGGAUACCCCCAUGAACCACCCACCUGCAGACAUGACAGUCAACAUCUUCUGGAAAGAUCCUCUCAUCCCUCAGCACAGGUUCCGGAACAUAGUUGAGGUAAGCGAGAAUGGCAGUAAAUUACCUCCACGUGAAGCAUCAGUACCACCCAGGUCCCCAGGACCUGUUGUGAAAGCCAAAGCCACCAAACUGAUGAGCUCCCUUAUGGCAAGGCAGUCCCAGGAAAACUUGCAGAAGUUUGAGAGCCAGGCAGGACUGACUGAGGCUGUUUAUUCCCCCCACAAGGGCCUCACUGCUGAGGAGACCCAUUUUCACCGAACAGCUGAUGGAAAAGUGCCAAAGCUGAGAAUGACAAGUGGGGACUACAAAGAGGACAGGCUUUCAACAUCUACACAACCGACCCCAAGUGGCACCCCUUCUGUUACCCCGUCUGUUACCCCCAGUGUUACUCCCGUCUCUUCUCCAGCUGUUAAUCGCAGGAACUGGUUCCAGCUAAGUUCGGCCCCUUAUCUUGCUGCUCCAGAGCUCAGACCCGACCCCAAUACAGACAUGGGAGGAAAUGAGGGAGGAGGAGGAGGGUUAGAUAAGUGGAACUUCUUUGGAACCCGGUCUGUGGUACACAAGUCCCCCACGGAUCCAGGCUCUGAAACCAGCACAGGUUUCUUGCAGUCCUACUUCGGGCUGCAGAAGUCCUCUACAAUGGAUGGCACCAGCACGCAGAUCAACCUAAAAGUGGAGGACCCUGCCAACUUCAUGCCCCCUAAGAUUGAAAUCUCAGAGACUGAGGCUAAGCGGAUUUCUCCGCGGCUGCACAAACUCAAACCUCGGGACAUGAAUGUUUUAACACCAUCAGGUUUCUGAAGCCAGACCAGACGUCUACUCCCCAUUUCCCUCUCACCCAUGGUUGCACCAUUUGCUUUCCCUUCUUCUGCCUCCUCUGCUUCCCUGCAAAUUCCCUGAGGCUGAGAGGAUGGAGGACCACCGUACAGUAUUGGCAUAUCAGCUCAGGAGACACUACUGCAAUGUUACAUCUCCUAGUAGACUUCUUCAUCUGUUUCAUCUGAAUUAGUCUUACCCCUGAAACUACCAACUCAUUGGUCCAUUUAGAUAAAUAUAAGAUGAACUGAAUAAGAAAUUUGAGACCUUUAAGUUGUUUUUAUUCAUGUGAUACUUAGUGGGUGGAUUGGAAUGAACUGACCGGGUCAAAUUGUUUGCAAUUGAGAUUGGAAGUUGUGUAUCUUUUCUGAUCUUUGCAAAGAGUCACUUUACCGUAGCCUCUGAUACUAAGCUGAACUCAAAUUUCAGUUGAAAAUACAGGGAUGCCUGCAUUGUAAUUUUUAGUUUUUUUUUGUCGUAAUUUUAAAUAAGCUCAUAGGUUUACUGUUAUUGUGCUUCUCUGUGUCAGCAUGCAGAGUACAGCCUAGUGUGUGACUGAUAACAAUGUGCCUAAACUUGCAGCAUGCUAGCUUUUGGCGUAAGAGUGGGCCCUUUUUUUUAUCAUGUUAAAGAGUGUGUUAUUUCACUCUCAAAUGUAAUGUUGUGAAUUGAUUGUUUUUAUAUUUUAAUUUCCUUAUUACUUUAUGUUCUUUCUUUACAUCAAGCUUAAUUUAAGGUAGUUGAUAUUUUGAAUUUAUGGCACAAACUACUGCAAUGCUAAAAAAAAAACAAGCUAAAAAGACUUUAGCAUUGAAGUGGUACCUUUCCGUUUCUAUUUUCAUUUUGUUUUGUGUGUUCAAGAACUUGGCAAGUUGGAAAACAAGUUGAAUUGUGCCAGAUUGAACAGGGAGGCGCAGCUUCUGGAGUCUACAAUAAAUCAUUCAUAACAAAGAG